GGGGGCUUUCUUUAUGAAACAAAAAUUUAGGUGGAAUCGAGGUGCAGCGUUAUUGUGUUGGUGAGACAAAAAUCGCGUUUGAGAGGGUUGUUUUUUUUGCAUUUCUUGUCAGGAAACACGUUUGGUACGUGUGGUGGUUGUGUGGAAUAAAAAGCGGCUGAUCUGCAUCUAAACAUGAUAACUUCUGCGGCUGGGAUCAUUUCCCUGUUGGACGAAGAAGAACCUCAACUUAAGGAAUUUGCGCUACAUAAGCUGAACUCCAUAGUCAAUGACUUCUGGGCUGAGAUUUCAGAAUCGGUUGAUAAAAUUGAAGUCCUGUACGAGGAUGAGACGUUCCGGAGCCGGGAGUUUGCGGCGUUGGUCGCCUCCAAAGUCUUCUACCACCUGGGCGCGUUCGAGGAGUCUCUGAACUACGCUCUCGGCGCCGGGGACCUGUUCAACGUGGCUGACGACUCGGAGUAUGUGGAGACCAUAAUAGCGAAAUGCAUCGACCACUACACCAAGCAGCGCGUGGAGAACACGGAGCUGCAGGAGGGGGAGGAGAGGAAGGUCAUCGACCCCCGCCUGGAGGGCAUCGUCAACAAAAUGUUCCUGCGUUGCCUGGGCGACCACAAGUACAAGCAGGCCAUUGGCAUCGCCUUGGAGACGCGACGCUUGGACAUCUUUGAGAAGACCAUCCUGGAGUCUAACGACGUUAGCGGACUGCUGGCCUACAGCCUGAAGGUGUGCAUGUCACUCAUGCAGAACAAGCAGUUCAGGAACGAGGUCCUCAGGGUGCUGGUCAAGCUCUACAUGAACCUGGAGAAGCCGGACUUCAUCAAUGUGUGCCAGUGCCUGAUCUUCCUGGACGACCCCCAGGCGGUGAGCGACAUCCUGGAGAAGCUGAUGAAGGAGGGCAACCUGCUGAUGGCCUACCAGAUCUGCUUCGACCUGUACCAGAGCGCCAGCCAGCAGUUCCUCUCGUCCGUCAUCCAGAACCUGCACACCGUGGGCAGCCCCAUCCCCGCCGUGCCCGGCUCCACCAACACCGGCACCGUCCCCACGCCGGACAAGGACAGCGAUGCCAUGGAAACGGAUGAUAAAGCUGGCAGCUCCCCGACAGGGAAGUCCUCAGAGGUGAAAGAGGAACCAAAAGACCAGAACUCCAAGAUGAUUAUGAUACUCAGUGGAGAAAUGGCCAUAGAACUGCAUCUGCAGUUCCUCAUCCGAAACAACAACACAGACCUGAUGAUUCUCAAGAACACAAAGGAUGCGGUUCGGAACUCCGUGUGCCACACAGCGACGGUCAUAGCCAACUCCUUCAUGCAUACCGGGACCACCAGCGACCAGUUCCUCAGAGAGAAUUUGGAGUGGUUAGCAAGAGCCACGAACUGGGCCAAGUUCACUGCCACAGCGAGUCUGGGAGUCAUUCACAAGGGUCAUGAGAAGGAGGCGUUGCAGCUGAUGGCCACCUACCUGCCCAAAGACACCUCGCCCGGGUCGGCCUACCAGGAAGGGGGGGGUCUGUACGCCCUCGGACUGAUCCAUGCCAACCACGGGGGGGACAUCAUCGACUAUCUGCUCAACCAGCUCAAAAACGCCAGCAAUGACAUCGUGCGUCACGGCGGGGCGCUGGGCCUGGGGCUGGCCGCUUUGGGCACCGCCCGGCAGGACGUCUACGACCUCCUCAAAUCCAACCUGUACCAGGACGACGCCGUCACAGGUGAGGCCGCCGGCCUGGCUCUGGGGCUGGUGAUGCUGGGCUCUAAGUCUGCUCAGGCCAUAGAGGACAUGGUGGGCUACGCCCAGGAGACGCAGCACGAGAAGAUCCUGCGUGGGCUGGCCGUGGGGAUCGCGCUCGUCAUGUACGGCAGGAUGGAGGAGGCCGACACCCUCAUCGAGAGCCUCUGCAGGGACAAGGACCCCAUCCUGCGCCGGUCGGGGAUGUACACGGUGGGGAUGGCGUACUGCGGCUCCGGGAACAACAAGGCCAUCCGGCGCCUGCUGCACGUGGCCGUGAGUGAUGUGAACGAUGAUGUCAGAAGGGCUGCCGUGGAGUCCAUCGGGUUCAUUAUGUUCAGGACCCCAGAACAAUGCCCCAGCGUGGUCUCCCUCCUGUCAGAGAGCUAUAACCCCCACGUGCGCUGUGGAGCCGCCAUGGCGCUGGGCAUCUGCUGCGCUGGGACGGGGAACAAGGAAGCGAUCAACCUGCUGGAGCCCAUGACCAACGACCCGGUGAACUACGUGCGACAGGGGGCGCUGAUCGCCUCCGCCCUCAUCAUGAUCCAGCAGACCGAGGUCACCUGUCCCAAGGUUAACCAGUUUCGGCAGCUGUACGCCAAGGUCAUCAACGACAAGCACGAUGACGUCAUGGCCAAGUUCGGUGCCAUCCUGGCGCAGGGCAUCCUGGACGCAGGCGGCCGCAACGUCACCAUAUCCCUGCAGUCCCGCACGGGCCACACCCACAUGCCCUCGGUGGUGGGCCUCCUGGUCUUCACCCAGUUCUGGUUCUGGUUCCCCCUCUCCCACUUCCUGUCUCUGGCCUUCACCCCCACCGCCAUCAUCGGCCUCAACAAGGACCUGAAGAUGCCCAAGGUGCAGUACCGCUCCAACUGCAAGCCCUCCACCUUCGCCUACCCCCCUGCCCUGGAGGUGCCCAAGGAGAAGGAGAAGGAGAAGGUUUCCACUGCCGUUCUGUCCAUCACAGCCAAGGCCAAGAAGAAGGAGAAAGAGAAGGAGAAGAAGGAGAAGGAGGAGGAGAAGAUGGAAGUGGUGAGUUCAGGGCCGGUGAAGGAGAAGGAGAAAGAGAAAAAAGAGGAAGAGAAGGAGAAGGAAAAAGAAAAAGAGAAGGAAAAGGAGAAGGAGAAGGAGAAAGAAAAGGAGAAAGAGAAGGAGAAGGAGAAAGAGAAGGAAAAGAGGAAGGAGCCGGAGCCCAGCUUCCAGCUGCUGGAGAACCCGGCUCGGGUGAUGCCUGCGCAGCUCAAAGUGCUCAACAUGCCCGACACCUGCCGCUACCAGCCCUUCAAACCGCUGCACACCGGCGGGAUCAUCAUCCUGAAGGACACCAGUGAGGAAGAGGAGGAGCUGGUGGAGCCCGUUUCCGCCCACGGCCCCAAGAUCGAGGAGGAAGAGCAGGAGCCGGAGGCCCCAGAGCCGUUCGAGUACAUCGACGAGUAACCCCUCCCCCCCCAUCCUCCACCCCCCCCACCCCCCGGCCAAGGCAGAUAUUAGGAGCCUCUCCAGAGGACCCCGGAGUCUUAGCAUGCACCUCUUCCUCCUCCUCCUCCUCCUCAUUUUACACGUUCCCUCCUGAGCUUGGCUGCUGCUCCGAGCUCGGAAUGUUUUACACUCUUGUUAAAUGGUAUCUUUUUUUUUUUGUCCGUAAAAACAUAAAAUAAAAAAAGAUAUAUAUAUGUA